AUGGGUUUGCAGGAUUACGAUCAAUGGAUUAAUGACUUUGGGGACUGUUACGCCGGGAUUCCUAAUUCUCGGGACGCUGACUUCUGGGGCUUCAUCCCCGAUCAAAUACCUGCCCCUAUGGCUCCUCUAAUGCCUGCUCCCCCUACAACUUAUGGCACUUCGCAGCCUGUUUUUGGUAUAGAGCCGACUUCGUUCCCCUCUAAUGGCGGGCAGAGCUUUAAAUUCCCAGAAUCAUCGCUCCACAUGCCUCAGCCUCAAGUAUAUAACCCCAUAUUCCCAGAGCAAUCCAUGUUACCCGCCCAUGACGCAUAUGGUUUUAGUCAGCAGAGAAGGGUUGACAACUCAAUGUAUUAUCCCAAUAUAUUUCCAACUGCCAAUCCGUAUGCGAACAAUUUUAAUCCAUCGUAUGCGCCUUUGCAAAACAGAGAUCUAAGUCAAUCUUUCAGUCCACAGCAAUAUGAUAAUUUCACUCCUACAGGUCCUCAAGAUGUCGUACAGUAUCAAUACCCACUAGUUUCCGACAAACGACCAAUCGUCGUUCAUCCACAACAGAAGCAGCAGCGGCAACAACAACAACCGCAAGCUCCGAAGAGACAAGGAGGAAAUUAUGGGGAUAACCCACAGCGAGGCCUCGAACCCCCGCCCCGAGCUCAAGAAGCUCAAAGGCCGACGCAGGCACGACAAGACUCAGGAGAAGAUGGGAAUGAACAGAAGAAUUCAGUGAGACAGAAACAAUCCCAGCAUCAAGAGUCUUCAAGACACAACAGCCCAGAAAUCGGGGAAGCUUCACUUACUCUAAGCAAACCACUUAGUCUACUAGCACAGCAUGUCAAGCAUGUACCUGUUGAGGACAUUUCUGUCUAUGCCGACCGUGAUAUCUGGCAGCGGAGAAAGGAGGCUAACAACGACGGCCAAAUAAAGAGCCCAUGCAACCAAUACGGCUUCAUUAAAUGUGACGAGAGUAUCCGCCCAUCUGGUUACGGGAUGAAGAUUUGUAGUAUGAGUUGGCAUAUGGAGUCGUGGACGAUUCGAAGCAAGUUCAACAAAUUGGCUAAGACCAAUAAGAAACGACACGAUAUGGCAUUCUCGAACGGAGCGUUCAAGGUAAAGCCACAGAGAAAGUCGAAAAGACUUAUUCUCUCUCGAUAUCAUGCAGCACUCUCUGGUCAAAAAGGCGGCAAAUAA